AUGCAGAUCAGCCGGUCUCUGGUUGGCUGGAGCCGCGCCGGCGGGGGCGGGGCCGGGGCAGGGGCGAGGCGGCAGAGCGCGCGGGGCGGGGGGCGAGGGGAGUCGCCCUGUCCCGUGGCUUCCCCACCCCCUCUCCUCCCUCCGCGGGCCCGGCCGCCAGGCUCCCCGCCUAGGCCUCCGGGAGAGGCCCCGCCCAUCCCCGCCCGCCCCCCCGCCGGCGCGCUCCGCCCCUUUACUCCUGGCGGCCGGGCGAGCCGGGCGUCUGCUGCAGCGGCCGCGGUGGCAGAGGAGGCCCGAGAGGACUCGGCGGCGCCAGCGACGGCGGUGGCGGGACCGGCAGCGGGAGCUCCAGCAGCAGCAGCAGCAGCAGCAGCGGCGGCGGCAGCCGUCAAGAGCCCCCUGUCCCGAGUCGCAGAGCGCGCUGCCGCACGAAGCCCACGAGCCGCCCACCCCGCCGCCCUCGGCACAGCCUGA